CCUGCCCAGUAAAUGCGAGGUUUCCGUUUGGCGGGUGCAGUACGUGCUAGUGCGAGGUGCGUAAUAACGCGCGCGGUACACGGACGGGCCCGUGCGUAUCUUGACGGCGUCGUCGACGUCGUCGUUGUCGCGUUGCUGUUGAUGUCGUUGUCGUCAGCGGAUUGACCGACCUCGGACGCCGCUAUGCCGCUCAGCAUCGGUGUUAACCUACGGGUAACCGGCCACUGUAAUCAGGGCGGUCGCAAGUACAUGGAGGACAUGUUUUGCGUGGCGUUCCAACCGACACCGGACGACAAGGACCUGGAGUACGCGUUCUUCGGGAUCUUCGACGGGCACGGGGGCGGCGAGGCGGCGACCUUCGCCAAGGAGCACCUCAUGGACAUAAUCGUGAAACAGAAGAACUUUUGGAGCGACCGCGACGAGGAUGUGCUACGGGCCAUCAGGGAUGGAUACAUGAACACGCAUUAUGCGAUGUGGCGGGAGCUCGACAAAUGGCCAAGAACUGCAUCCGGAUUGCCAUCCACGGCUGGCACAACUGCCAGUAUUGCAUUUAUACGAAAGGGCAAGAUUUAUAUAGGUCAUGUGGGAGAUUCCGCUAUCAUAUUGGGUUACCAAGUCGAGGGUGAUCCUCAGUGGCGAGCGAAAGCUCUCACCAAGGAUCAUAAGCCGGAGAGUGGGCCAGAGAUGACACGCAUACAGGAGUCGGGUGGUAAAGUAGUUAGCAAAUCUGGUGUUCCAAGGGUUGUGUGGAAUCGACCUCGCAUAGGCCAUAAAGGUCCAGUUCGAAGAUCAACUCACAUGGACGAAAUUCCGUUUCUCGCAGUAGCUAGAUCCUUAGGUGAUUUGUGGAGCUACAAUUCCGAGUUGAAUACUUUUGUUGUCUCUCCCGAACCAGAUGUCAAAGUUAUUCCAGUUGAUGUUAAGUCGCACCGUUGUCUCAUUUUUGGUACCGAUGGCCUGUGGAAUAUGCUGUCGCCACAAGCUGCAGUAGCUAUUGUCCAAGCUACAGAUAGACACAACGAAAAGCAUUUAAUAGCUUCUCAACAGACUGGCAGUGGAGUUGAAUCACAGAUGUGGAUAAAUCCUUCAAAAAGUCUUGUAGAUCGUGCAUUAGAAAGGUGGUCAUCAACCAGAUUACGGGCAGACAAUACUAGCGUUGUAACGUUAAUGUUAGAUCCAUCAGGACCAUGUCGUGGUGAGGUAUUGUUUAAUCAGAAGAAGGAUCGUGUGAUACACCAUGGAACAAAUACAACAGCGGUACCUGCGAACGUUGUGGAAACCAGUCCAAAAGUUCCAGCACCCUGUGCGCCAAUACCGCCGCCAAGCGCUUCCACGAAUGUCGACAUUGAUCCCAAACAACCGGAUUCGUCAAACGGAAGUGAAGAAAUCACUGACGAAACAUCACAGUCGGAGACAGCCGUGAAUCCUGAGAAGCUAACCUUGUCAGAGAUUGAUGUCCCUUCGGACCAGGACACUGCGACGGAUAAAAAUAUCGAGGCGAACGAUGUUGCAGAAAGUAUUCAAGUCGACGAGGUCUCCUCUAGUCAAAUGUUCGAAGAAACUGGAGAAUCUGAGAAUAAGAAAGCAAACGAAGUCGCGGAUGUUACAUCGGAGAAUCUCGAUGACGAAAAACAGCGAACAGCUAAACAGGAAAAGGAAACCGUGCAGCUGAAUAAUGACAACACGCAAGUCCCAGUCGAGUCCGAUCCAAAAUCGUGUAAUCAUAUUGAACCUAAAGACGAGACGGCAGACAAGACGGAGGAAUCGAACGUAGCACAGCAGAACGCACCUUCCAACGCGAAUGAGGAAGUGGUUCCUUUUAUGAGUAGGUUACUCCGAAGUGGCGGCGUUGUGCCCCUCAAAAGCAACAGUUUUGACGGCGGCGAGGUGAGAAACAUCUUAAACGGAUUGAGGCAUAAGCCACAGCACCCUUUAUUUGCCGCUGCACGAGCGAACGACAGAACGAUAAAACGUCGGCACAGCUUAAAUUCCUCACAGGCGUCUCAGAAUACUUUUCCCGAUGCCGCACCGAAUCCGGAGGUACCAAAGACUUACAUGAGCGUUAAAUCGCGGUACAGCAGGAUAUCGAGCGCAAAGACGUCCGUCGUGGCAAACGUGCCGACGGAGGAGAAGACGAAGGGCAUGUCCUCGAAGCGAACCAACGGUGAUUGCACUGUCGGCAGCAAACGGCGAUACAGUGCGAUCACGCAGGCAUCAGUUGCAUCGGUUGGAGUGGAGAACGGCUGCGCGCAGCAAGAGCCUUGCGUGAAGAGGAGGACGCGCUCGGAAGAUCGGAGGCAGAGUCCCACAGAUGAGAACGAUCCGGCCAAUCAAGCGAAGGAGGAUGCCAGUAGUCGGCUAAGUUGGCCUACAUCAGAUGGACGAUCGGAUUCAACAUUGCCAUCAUUGAACUCCACUACGACGACGCUAUCUGGACAGGACAAACUCUCCGCAUCGAGCACCUUCGAACGUAGGAGUCUAGGCAAAAAGGUUACACCUGUUAAAGCAAUUAGGAGGCCUUCCAUCAAUGGUACGGGUCGACUGCAGCAGCUGAGGGGUAGCUUUGGCCUAAGAGAUUGGGAUCAAGGCAGGAACAAUCGGGCGAACGGUUGUAGCGAUAGGAGAACGUUGAAUAGGACAGUAGCGAUUAUCGGACCGGACACGACGAUACCGCAGCGAUGGCUAAGAUCCGACACAAUGGCGGCGACACCUGUAAAAACAUUACGUUCGCGUAACGUAGAUAUUGCCGGGCAUACGAUAUCCGCGCAAUUAGUUCACCAGUACGGAGUAGUGAAGCAAAAUCGAUUGCCUCUACCGGGCAAGCUGAAGCAGUCCAACAGUGGAGCGUUGCAAUCGAACAGAGUCAGGUCUUCCUCGUUGUCAUCCAAUAAACUUAAGCAAGCGAGCAGUAACGGUGGAAGCGUGAGUACUUGCGCGGCCAUUAAUACUGCAACCACGGGCUCCACUUCUGGCAUAGCUAAGAGGGUCAAGUCACCUUACAAUCCCAGCGCUCGGUCACUGAGCACACGGUCUCGUAUCAAACGUCUUGGAAAAUAAUGGAAUAGCUAAUGGACGUAGUUUUGAAAAUUUCAGUGAAUGUUAGGGUAUGGUACUUCUUACCCUUAUUUUUUUUUUAUCUGAUGAUGCAAAAUCAAUAUUGUUGUAUACAUUUUCUAUGUCUAUUGGAAACUUUCUUGCACGCCUUUAUCUUUGGAUUCAUAUGGUAUCUUUAAUUUAAAAUCUUUACUAUAUGAAUGGGUUUGAGCAUUGUUAAUUAAUUUUAUUACUAUGUAAUUAAUACUAUUUUGUUUUCAGACAUUGUAUAACUGUUUAGGUAUAUAUUGAAAUUUAUUAUUUCGCUUUGGCUGUAUAUAAAUUUUUAUACCUACUUAUGACAUGAACAUUUAUUAUCGAUUUAUUGAACGCUUCCUUGUACUUUUGUUAUCGAAAUGAAAAUGAAGCUAAUGCCUUGUUCUUAUGAUCCAUGUUUCCACGCCCAUUUCAUUUUAUAAAAUGUUACUUUUUUUUGUUGGAUGUGGAAACAUACACAUAUAUACAUUCAUAUGUGCAUGUAGGUGAAAUAAAUUGCUCUCCCAUUCUGUUUAAUGAACAUGUUUGUUAAUUUUUUUUAUAAAAGAUUUUGCCAUAUUAUUUCGAACGACUUAAAAAAUGAACUAAAUUUUAUGCUUUUUACAGUACAUUUUGCAGUACUAUAUGAUAAUUACAUCAAAAUUUUUCAACAUAAAUUACAAAGCAUACUAAUUUUCUCUCUCAAAGAAAAAUAAUACUUUAUCCUCUAAAUAAACAAACGUUAAUAAACGUUUUUCUUCUCUUAUAUUAAAUUCAAGUAUGUGACGUGUAAAAAGUACAGUCAAGAUAGAAUAUCAUGAAUUAUUGCUACCAAGAAUUAAUAUCGUGUUUUGUCUAACAAAAUUUAUGAAAACUUAUUGCCCAGACAAGAAUACAAAAAUAUUCCUUACUUUUUUUUUAUGCUUUCCGAUAUUUGCAUAAGCAUUGCGUAUGAGACAAAAUAUGAAAGUAAAAUUAUGGGUAGUAUGGCAUAUAAAUAGUCUGACAAUAAGAAAGUAUGGAUGCGAGUAAAGACAUGAGCCCAUGCAUGCGUAUCUCACAUUCACACGUUUUCAGUGAUAACUAGCGAGUCUGCGAUCUUCACAUUAGGCUAACGAAGUAACACAUUAGUGCUGAAUGGAAUACGAAUUGGCGUAAUUCUACAUGUAUGUGUAUUUCUAGAAACGAUCUCCCCAACGAUCACAGUCUUCGACGGCGGCUCGAAUUGGCAAAUGUUUAAGUCAAAGAUCAUAUGUAGAAUAUGAUUAAGCGUUAUGCUAUUUUCUAGUACGUAAGAUACUUGCAAUGAUACUGAUCUGCCUUGCCUGAAUACGGAGUGAUUAUCGAAUAACCAGAAUUCUAAGCGAGGCGUAAUCAAUUUUAAUCUUUGAUCGCGCUAACGUGCACCAAUUUAUGGAUAUAAAAUAUAGCAUAAUUGAGUGAUAUAAACAUAGAAUUCCAAUUUCGGUCAAUGAUUUUGAAUUCUCGAUGGCACUCGGUACGAAGCGUCAAGCAACUUUAUUGUGACUUUACUGUGCGAUACAAAAGUCUAGUUUAUAUUAUGUUUAGAUGGGAUAUAUUUAAGCAUGGCUAAACGGUUAAAUGGAUUCAAAUUUUUCUUGGUAAACAAUUGUACAACAAUUGUGUUCCAAAUGUAAAUGAGCACUAUCAUCUAGUGAUCUAAUAACGAUUAAAUCAGUAGGGAUAUAAGAAAUUUAUAUAUACAUAAAUAUAUAUAUAUAUAUAUAUAUAUAUAUAUACACAUACAUACAUACAUAUGUACAUAUUAAUAUAAGAAGUAUAGGGAGUAACAGCAUAUGUAAUCUACAUCAAUCUCUUGUAAAGUUAUCAUUAUCUUGUGCAAAAUAUCCUACAAAGAAAAAGGGAUAUGAUGAAGACAGUUCAGGAUAAAUAUCCAUUUGGUUUCAUCAUCAUAUAGAAAUUACGGAUGCACAACGUUCGUUUCAAGUUUGCAUGUUGCAUUUACUUGUAUUUUGCCAAUAAAUAGCAGUUUGUUAUCUGAUGCCCCGCCAAGACGAAUGUAUAUUAUUUCCUGAAUUUUGUCUGAUUACUUGUGCAUGUACUGAAAAGAACAUUGUAGAGUAAUUCGACGGGAAUUAAUAGUGAGAAAGAAUACAUGUGUCUUUUAGAUAUCAGAGCUUUAGAAUUUAUACGUUUUUUUUGUUUUUUAAAAAAGAAAGAAGUUAUAAUAAAAACAAUAAUGAGUUAUAUUGAAUGUGAAAGCAUGAAUGUGUUAACUAUAUAUUUAUUAAUAUCGCGUCGAUUAUUUAUUAAUUAAUUUUCGGAACUAACCCGGUUUUCUGUAUUGAUAAGAUUGCGCAGAUAAUAUGUGCUUGAAUGAAGUAUAUCGUUUUGAAGUGUGUCGAGGAUGUUACUGCUUGUAAAAUAAUAAGCAAACGCGUAUAAUAACAUAUAAAGCAAAACGAUAUAGUUUAUUUGAAAGACGAGAAAGAUAGAAAACUCGUGCCUAUAAUAGUUACCAGUAGCGAAGGUGUGUAAAAAAAUUAUAUCUAUACGUCGUGCACCAAAAGAAAAUCUGUUCUGAAAAAUAAAAUGGAAUAUUGCAGUAAAGCCGAAUUUUACUGAUAAGGACACAUGUUAACAAAGCGAAUGACGAUGAUAUAUAUUUUAAUAAUAAUUAUCUCUUUUUUUGGUGCAUGUUAAUUCAGAUUUUACACUACGUGUAAAUAUUGUGCUGAUAGGCCCGUAUUUAUAAAUGUACACGUGUAAAUAAAUUUUAGAUGGAUGCGCAGGCAGGCAGGAGAAGAGUUAAGACGCAACCCUGAUAAAGCGUUCAUCGGCUAUUGACGGGAGUGUAUUGCGAGAGAGAUAUCUAAGCAGAGGAAAAGUCUACCUUGUGCGCUCCUAGAUUUAUCACUUGUUACAUUGUAAAAAUGACGAAACAAAGUAUUUUUUAACAAGUGAAUUAAGAGUUUAUGAUGUAAGUAGGAACAAGAAAUGUUAGAGAAUGACUAUGACGGUUUAUCUCAGGUUAAGAGAAUUGCGACGAGCAAGUUUUAGAGGAACUCGAACAAAUGUGUGAUCAUCGCGUUUAUAAUCUGUAUAUUUUAAUUAAAUAAACUGAAAUAUACAAAUUCUAUUAUUGAACCAA